CAUACAGAGACUUGCAGCGAUGAACGUGGAACAACCAACCAAAGGCAGGGAAAGCCAGCAACAAAGCUUCACUUCCAAGCUUUAAAAUGGUCUCCCUCCCAAGAAUAUCACACAUUAAUAUUAUUAUUAUUCACAAAUAUACUUUUGGGGUUUUCAUAAUUAAUUUUCUAAGCUUAGAUGUAUUUUCUCUGGGAAUGUCAGAAUGUGGCCAGUGGCCUAAAUAUGUAGUAUUAGUAACACACACUUCAACUGCUCCCUCUCUCUCUCUCUCUCUCUGUCUCUGGGGUUCAUAGUCAAAUAUUAUAUAUCAUACUUUUCUGUCUUUGCACUCUUUGUUUAAUUCCCAGUUCUCACUCUUUAGAGGCUUGUCCUCUAUAUCUCAGUUGAAAACUACAUUGCUUCUGCUUGAACCAAUAGUGUCAAUUUGCAUUAACCGAAGUUCCUAACCUCUUUCCCUUUGUCUUCUUUCCCAUUUCAGAAUAUGGAUUUGUGUCCUCUACUUCCUCCUCUCUACUCCCCAUUUGGUCUCCGCACCUCUCUGUCUUCGUUGCACCGUUAAAAAUUUCUUCUUUUGCUUUUCCGAUUGCAGUUCCCAAAAAAGACUCUUGAUUUGAAGUGGGUUUUUGUUUAUUUUAGGUUUUUUUUAAUCAUUUGAGUAAUGGAGGUUCAUUGUGAUCUUGAAGUUGAUGUCAAUGGGGAAGAGUCUUUCAUGGUGGACAAGAAAAUUAUUGCUUCCUACUCUGGCAAAUUGAGAAAAUUACUUGGCAAAUCAAAAUCUACCUCAAGAAAUCUUAAAGUGGUAUUGCAUGACUUUCCGGGAGGAGCAGAGAGUUUUGAGCUCAUUUCAAGGUUCUGCUACAACCAUGGCAGCACCGACAUAACUCCUUCCAAUAUUUCCCUCCUAUAUUGUGCUGCACAGUUCAUGGAAAUGAACAAUUCUGUCAUUGGAACACAUAAUUUAUUGGAAAAAGCAGAGAAGUCAUUUGAAGAGAUCAGAUAUUGGACAUGGUCUGAGCUUUUAAUGGCUUUGAAGCAUUGCCAAGAUUUACUUCCAGCCGCUAAUUCUCUGAGCCUACUCGAGAAAUGCAUGGAUACCCUUGUAGCAAGAUUGCCUUCGACAAGCGAAGCGAGUCCUUGUCCUUCCACUUCAUCCCCAGAUAGCUCUGGUAUUCGGUUUUCAUGCGACACUCGAAGCUCUGAGAGUUUGAAAACCAGCUCAUCUCGGGCAACCUGGUGGUUUGAGGAUCUUCUAGCUUUAGGUCCAAAUUUGGUUGAAAUGCUGGUCAAGUCCAUGAUUUCUCGAAAGCUUGAUCAUGUUAUCAUUAGUAGGUUCCUCUUUUAUUACCAGAAAUCGAAGUUUUACACUGUCAAAUCUGAUGCCAAGUGCACCUUUGUGGAAACAGUCAUUGAUAUGCUGUAUAUUCUUGAUCAGAGCUGUGUUUCUUGCAAGAGUUUAUUUGGGAUUCUUCGAGUUGCUCUGAAUUUGAACAUAAACAAAAGUAGCAGGAAUAAGUUGGAGAGCAUGAUUGGUUCACAGCUUGAUCAAGCAAUAUUAGACAAUUUGCUUGUUCCAUCCCCACGGGGGAUCAAUUACUUGUAUGAUGUCAAUCUUGUUCUAAGGUUAUUGAAAUCAUUUCUGAGUGGAGGAAUCUGUCAAGCAUCGCCCAUGCGAUUGAGGAGAGUUGCUGCCUUGGUGGAUUUGUAUAUGGCAGAAGUAGCCCCAGAUCCUUGUUUGAAGCCUUCGAAGUUUGUGGCUUUAGCCAUGGUCAUGCCGGAUUCUGCCAGAGACUCCUAUGAUGAACUUUACCAUGCCAUGGACAUGUAUAUAGAGGUGCAUGCAGGAUUGUCAGAAGAGGAAAAGAUGAAAAUUUGUUGUGUGUUGAACUAUGAGAAGCUCUCAUCAGAGACUUGCAUACACCUUUCUCAGAAUAAAAAGUUUCCAUCAAAAGCAGCAGUCCAAGCUCUCGUCUCUCAGCAAUUGAAGCUUAAAAGCUUACUCCAUGCAACCAACAAUUCUAAGUCCUACGCUGACUCCCCUUGUAGUGCCGGCGAGGUUGGAAAUUGGGGAAGGAAAUUCGACGCCAAUGAACAACUUGUGCUUUAUGCCGGGAAACUCAAUCUCGCAGCUGACAAUGAGAAACUUAGAGCACAUUUGCAAGGCAUGCAGUGCCGGGUAAUGGAAUUGGAGAAACUGUGCAAGAAAAUGCAAACUCAAAUGGCAAAGUUUACAAAAUCAAGAGCAUCAAGCCACAGUCAUACAAGAUCUGUGCCCAAACUCUGUUCAUGAUAGAAGUUGAGCAUUUUAUUCCAUUAGUUUUCAAGUAUUAUCUCAUCUCUGUAUAGCGCAAGGAAAGGGGUUUUUGUGUUUGCAACAGAUUUUUCUUUCUUUGCUGGAUAACUAAAGGUGAAAAGCAAGUUGUUUCACUUGCAAAGAUUGAGGAAAUCUUUGGUUGUACAGUUACAGAAAGAGAAUUUCUGUUGAGUAACUUUUUCUUUUAAUGAAAUGUCCCUGUUCAUUUCA